AUGGACCAAUCGGAUACCCACAGCUCCUCAGUGACAUCGGGUGUUGUUGUUCGCCAGAUAGUGUCAAUGGAAGACCGCCAAAUAGUAGACUCAAUGGAAAACCGACAACUAGAUGUCCCUUGCGAAGAGGACAAUGGCUGCAACUGGGAUAUCGAGGUCCUGCAAUUCGUUGUGGAAUCCUUCAUUUGUUUGUUCCCGGAUAGAGAUCGUUGCGGGGAUCCUUGCGGCGGUGAUCGACGGCACGAAGGAAGAGCGCAUGCCUACCGAAAGUCGCAUAGCAACAUGUCCACGGGCAGCACCCGAAGUAACAGAAGCACCGGAAGUAGCGGCAGUGCAUGA